CAGGUACAGAUACGUUCGACAAGUAUACUAUAUAGAGCUUGAAUGAGAUGUCAUUGUAGUCGUUGUAUCCACACACGGAGGUUUAUGUAUAGUACAUUUUAUUGGCAUGAAUAAACAGUACUUUCAUAAGGCAUAUAUAUAUACUUUAUACAAAUUGUCAACAAGUAUAACGAAACAUAGAUAUACAUAUAUACAUACUUGUUUAUUUUUUUAGCAACCUAAGCCAGAAUGACAAGCGUUGUAAUCAACGGAGUAGAACCUAGCAACGGCCACAAGGCCAACACCGCCAAUGUCAACAGUGUAGCAAUACUAGUGCAUGAAUCACAUCCCACGAUAAAGGCUCUGGCUAUGAUUAUAGUAUUUGGAUGGAUACUUACUAUAAUUACACCUAUACGCAAUGUUUUAUCACUCACACCUGCAUACUUCAUGGGAAGAUUCUACGUGUGGACCAUUGUCACGGCGACAUUGAUGGAAAGCAGCUUGAUCAACAUGAUUGUAGGACUUUGGAUGUUGUUCUAUUCCGCCGCUAAAGUGCUUCCCUUAUGGGGAAUACAUGAGUAUAUUAAGGUAUU